AUGUGGGGUGUGCUAUGGGUCGUGGAGGCAUUGGCGCAGUUGGUGGCCGUGGUGGCUACGCCGCUGGAGCCAGCACCAUUGAACUUUCGAGCGAUUGAGUUGAAUAACUUCGACUACGGCGUGAACGGACAUGGAGGAGGCGAAUUAGAGGGCAUUGAUAACUGGGCCAAUGAUCUCUACGCGCUCGGGGACGGCCUCGGGUGUUUAUAUAUAACAAUAGAAUGCGUCGCGUGUCGCAGUCAACACGGCGACCGCUUCGGUUGCAAUACGAGCAGGCGCCCCUGCAUCCGGGUAACGGGACCUCGGCGCGACGCUAGUCACCUGGGUGGGCAACAUCCAUCAAGGUUUUUGGGGAUCUUCCCACUCUCCGAUGAGUACUGUUUGUCGCCUUUAACUUGGCCACAC